UCAGAACAAAAGGAACUACCUAUUGAUGUUAUAAAUUUUUCUCGAGAAAGUUUCUGUAAAAAUGGAAUUUAGCGGAGGAAAAGGAAAAAAGUCAGUAUCAGGUAACUUGAUCAUCAAGACGUGGGAGCGAUGCAAAUCCAUUGGCCGCGUCCGGAAAAGUUCCACCAUGGAAAACGCAACUCUGAAGAAGAAAAGCAAAUCAUGGCCUCGGGCGAUGGAUGCAUGCGGAACUCCGGAAGAUCGUGAUCGGAAACAUCCUCGGAAGCGUCGAGUGGCUACAGAAAAAGGGUGCUUCUCAGUCUACGUCGGACCGGAGAAACAGAGGUUCAUGAUCAAAGCAGAGCAUGCGAACCAUCCCCUGUUCAUGGUACUGCUGGAAGAAGCAGAGUCGGAAUACGGGUUUAACAGCCAAGGGCCUCUGGUGCUCCCAUGCAGCGUUGAUUUGUUUUGCAAGGUGUUGUUCCUGAUUGAGGAAGGUGGCACUGAAGAUGUCCCGCCGCUGUUAGGAUGUGGGUUUCAUGGCGCUUAUAGACUCCUCAGCCCUCCCCGGAUGAUUUCCAUGAAUCAGUUGUAAUUCCCCACUCUGUAACUUGAUCCAUUUUGUUUUCGAGUUUUCAUCGUACUGGGAGAUCCACGCACAACUUCUAAAAUUCAUUCUCCAAAACAAAAAAAAGUUUAUUGC